AAACAAAUUUAUUUAUUUGAAAAAAAAAAUCCCUGUUUAUUAUUAAACCAGACAAACCCAGCUACGUUGCUUUCUUUCUACUUCAAAUGGCUGUGAAAUUAAUAUCUCUCAAUAACAAUUAACAAGUUUUCUAUUAGCUUGAGCUGACCGCCAUUGAAGAACUAAAUCAAAGCUUGUAAAAAAAAUAUUUGAAGUUGUUAAGAGUUGAAAUUGGGGUGAAUUAAAGGUGUGGGUGUUUUUUAUUUUAAAAGAAUUGAAUUGGGUUUUUUUCAGAAUUUGGAUUUUGGGUUUGUUCUUCGUUUUUCUGCUAUGGAGUCAAACGCGGGGACAUUGGAGACCAGAUCUAAUAAAACGGCGUUGGAAAGGGAGGAAGUAGCGGCACUUGAAUCGCUACAAUUUACCGACGAAAUCCACUGUUUGAUGUCGGCUCCGGCGACCGACAAUGCCAGUUCCUUCACGGCUUUGCUUGAACUCCCUGCUCCCCAAGCUGUUCAGCUUAUUCACUCUCCGGAUUCGGCUAAGCUCAUUGCCGCUCCAGCUCCGAACGUUGAAGAUUUCAAAGGCGGGUUUCAUUUCCCUUCUAAUGGUGGGCUAAUUGAACGAGCAGCCAGGUUCUCCGUGUUCGCCGGCGAAGGUAAUAACAAGAGCGACUCGCCUGAAGCGACGUCGAACAUUUCAAGUGCAAAUCUCCAGAAGGCAGUCAAGAGUGAACCGGCUGAGACCGACUCGUCUCAGCCGUUAAUUUCCGAUCCAACGGUGGAGAACCGGGGUAUCAAGAGAAAAGACCGAGAAAAGGUGAAAGGGCAGACGAAGAAAAGCAAAACAACGGUGAAAGAGAGCUCCGACGACACCGAGAAGCUGCCUUACGUUCACGUUAGAGCUCGCCGGGGACAAGCAACGGAUAGCCAUAGCUUAGCUGAGAGAGCAAGGAGAGAGAAGAUUAAUGCACGUAUGAAGCUCCUACAGGAGUUGGUACCAGGAUGCAAUAAGAUUUCGGGCACAGCGUUAGUUUUGGAUGAAAUCAUCAACCAUGUGCAGUCCCUACAACGUCAAGUGGAGUUCUUAUCAAUGAGACUCGCUGCAGUGAACCCAAGAGUUGAUUUCAACUUUGAUAGUGUAUUCACGGCAGAAAGUGGAUUUUUUAUGGACAGUAACUUUUCUGGCAUGGUUAUGCCUAUGAUGUGGCCCGAGAUUCAACUUCAGCAACCUGUUUGGGGGAGAGAAGAAGUCUGCAAUAAUUACUUAACUCCGGAGAACUUGCUUUUAAGCUAUGAUUCCUCUGCAAACUCAGUGUCGUUGCACUCAAAUCAAUUGAAAAUGGAGCUAUGAAGUCCGAAAGAAGCUCAAAAUGGUUAGAUUUAUCCAAAAAAAAAAAAAAAAGUUCUAAUGAUAGCUAGUAUUGUAUAUAUAUUAUAUAUAUAUAUCAGAAAUUAGCAGGGAAGUAGAGGAGAGGCCUCACCAUAUAUAUAUAUAUCUUUUGGUUUCCAUGUGUUCUAUUUAGCCGACUUCAGAUGGAAACCUUCGAUUUCUAAGGACUGGAGACAUGAAAUCUCAGUAUGCUGUCAUUAUAUAUAUAUAUGUUAUAUACUAACUCGGAGUCAUUCAAUCAAAAUACUCGGUUUGAGGUUGAUUGAUUCAUAUUGUAAAAUCAUAGAACAAACUAUGAUGAUUCAAACUAUUAUAUGAAGUCUUGGCUUCUUUUGUUUCUA